AGUUGUGAAAAAAAAAAAAGAAAGAAAACUUGUAACCAUGGGAAGAUAGCAUUUGGAAGUGAAGAAGAACUUAUUGACUUAACCAGUAAUCAUUAUCAUAUCCUCAGCAAGAUGGCCUUUACAAUCUCCUCCUCCUCCUCCUCCAUUUUCUUCCACACCCACCCACUCCGCCGCCGCCGCCGCCGUAAAGAUCCAACCUUUACCCCCAAACACCCCCACCACUUCCCCAUCUCCACCAAUUUCGCCUCCCCCGCCAAUCCCACCCUUCCCCUUCUUCUACUCACCUCCAAUUCCACCACCACCUCCUCCUCCGCCGCCGCCGCCUAUACAACCCCAGAGCUCGAGAAGCUCCGGGUCCUCGAGAACUUCGAGUAUUUUCAAGAAUUGGAGUCCGGGUCGGUCCGGAUCCGGGUCAUGUCGGAGGAGGAGACGGAGGCGACCGCGGGAUUGCUGGCGGAGUCGUUCGCGGAGUGGGUGGGGGUGCCCCUGAGGUACGUGAAGCUGUUGGAGUUCUUCGUGAAGCAGUACUUGAUUGAGAGGAGAAGUGCGAUUCCCCACACUGCAACACUUGUGGGAUUUUACAUAGAUGGAAAUGGAGAAGAUGAAGAAGAAGAUGGGGAAUUGAAGGUUAGUGGGACUGUAGAGGUGUCCUUUGAUAGAAGGGGUGCCACUAACAAUAGUCCUCCCACACCCAUUGCUCCCAUGGACUGUCCUUACAUCUGCAACAUGGCUGUCAAGAAGUCUCUUAGGAGGAGGGGCAUAGGUUUGGAGAUGUUGAAAGCAAGCGAGGAGCUGAUAUCGAGAAUGAGCGAUGCUAGAAUGGUUUACUUGCACUGUAGAAUGAUCGACGCAGGACCGCUCAAUAUGUAUACCAAGGCAGGUUACGCCAUUGUCAAGACGGAUAGCAUCUUUGUCCUUUUGUUGUUGCAGAGACGCAAGCACUUGAUGUGUAAAUAUCUUCAAGACUCGAAACGCCUCUCAGAAGAAGAACAAGAGCAAGAGGAAGAAGAAGAGGAAGAAGAAGAAGAAGAAGAAGAAGAAGAAGAAGAAGAAGAAGAAGCACUUGUAGAACAACUUACACUAUGAAUCUUCAUGUGAAAGCUGUGUAGAGAAGCAUACUUAUGAGUGUGUGUAUGUAUCAUGGAGGAACAAAACGUGUGUUUGGCAAUAGUACUCUGUUUUUUUUUGUGUGGGGAUUGAUAGUACUAAAAAAUGAAUGCAUGAAUACACAUAUGUAUUAUUGACACUUUGAGAGUGGAAAAUGUAUAUAAGUUAGGGGAGGAUUGAAGGGAACUACUUCCUCAUUCC